AUGUCCAAGCAGGAAGAUCUCCGCAAGCGGCAAGCUAGUCGUUCGCCAACUGGUGGCGACAAGCCUGUGAUCAAGAAGCCCAUCCAGACCCAGCAGCCAGCAUCAGUGAUCAGCGGCAAUCAUUCUCGCCAGUCUUCCAUCAACAUCAACGAUCCACGUCGGUCGAAUGUCAAUUCUCCUGCUGGCAGCCGUCGCAACUCCAUUUCAGUCAACACCAACGGCAUCAAUGGCAUUUCCACUGGCACGAAACAGCUACAUGGUCAAAACGGACAUGCAUCCCCAAUUGGUAACAUGGGCAGCAGCGGGGGUAACACGCCACAGACAUCAACCGCGCCUGUUGCGUUCAUGAGCAGUGCUGCACCUGCUUUACCCCAAACAGAGAACGCUUCUCCUGAUCUACACGCUUCCAUAUUCAAAGCCUUGAUGAGUGUCUCAGAUCAAGCCGCCGAGGUGGCCGUCAACAAGAUGGCGCUCAAGGAAGCAGAUAUCGCCCUGCGCAAGGCCCAGCGCGAACACGACGCCUUGGAGAAGCAGUUUGCCAAUUUCCCAGCGAUCAAAGAGCAGAAGACAUCAGCCCGAACAAAUAUGCAGAAGCGCUACGAUGCAGCUCAGAAGUCUUUCCAGCAAGCACGAAUCACCCAAGAGAGAUGCGUUGGCGCAGCUGCGACCGCAAUUGUCGAGAUACAGCUCACCGGCCAAGCAGAUCUCAGAGUCGUCAAGGCCAAUGCAGGUCAUAUAUCGAAAGCUUUGCCAAAGCUCGCAUCGAUCGAGCAGAAGCUCACUUCCUUGUCCACGCGCUUAGACGACGUGGAGCAGCAACAGUCCACGGCGCCGCAGCAUACCGCGGAGCAAUUCGCGACACUGGAGGCGCGCGUCAACGAAGAUCAUGCAUCGAUAGAACGCUUACAAGCAUCGGCACCGCAGCAACCUCCCGUGACGAUGGACCCAGCUAAGCUCACAGGGUUGGAAGAUCGCUUGGAUGACAUGGAGGGAAGAGAGAAUGACCAUCUUGGACUCCUCGAGAAGCUUGUUGACACGAAGGUUGGGGCGGUCAAGAAAUGGGCAGAGGCAGAAUUCGAAUCAUUGUUGGGCACUACCAAGGAGGUGACCUUGGCUCAACACGCCAACGCUCAGACGAUCAACGAGUGCCUGAGCUCCCAGGAGAGCCUCCGGAAAGAUUUCGAGGAGAACGUCUCGCAGGGAUGCUCAAGAGAAGUGCUCGAGACGCUCCAGCAGCAAAUAGAUGCUCUGGCAUCCAAGACCAACAACAUGCAGCCGACCAAGCAACCCACUCCUCCUGCCGCUGUCGACCCAAGCAACCCACUGGGCAUGAAGCCGUUCAAGCCGGUCAAGGAGGUCGUGAGAGAGCUGCAGCCGCCCCCAGAGAAUCCAACGAUGGAAAUACUGUGGCCACGUCCACCUGUUGGUGUCGUGUGGGACCACUGGAUCGAGAACCACAUCGGCGCCUUGCAGUCACUUAACGAUUCGAACACGAUGCGACUCAACAACACAAGCACAGACGAGAUCCAUGACGCGAUGAUGAGGGUCAUGAGAGAGAAGUACAACAAGGAGUAUCCAGACUUGUUGACCUGGUCCGCUACUGUCGAAGAAGUCAAGGCAGCUCAUGCCAGAGAUAUCGGCCAGCUCCGUGCCGAUUCUGCUUCUUUGACGAUGCGGGUUGAGGCGCACGAGAAUGCUGUCAUCCAAGGCCAGCAGAAGUUUGCCGAGAUUGACAGCGAGUACAAGGCCCUCUGCCAGGAUGUCCUGCAGCUUCAAGGUACCCAACAGCAUGCGCUGGAGAGAGCACUCAAUGAUGCGACUUCUUGA